AACAAUUCUAUGUUCAAUUAUAUUAAUACCGGUAUAUGAUUAUCACACAUUGAACAGUUAGUGACAUUUGGGCGAUGAUAAGCUUUUAUAUUUCAUUAGGAAGUCGGCAUCAGUUCAAAAUAUCUAAUCAAUACAAUGGUAAUUGGGCUUAACUGAAUUUUAUCAUAGUGGAUGGUGAUUAAUGUAUAACAAAUAACUCUGAUAAAAAUGUAUCACACCUUGCAGUAUCGCCCAUGCGUCCGAAGUGUACCACACAAUGGUAAUACUGAACCAACAAACACCUCAAAGUGGAAAAAACAUCCAACCCUUUCAAUUCAUCCAAAAGCAAUUAACUAGAAGAAUUUAUUUUCGAGUCGUACGUGAUAUCCACACUCUCCAGCGUCCUCCUAGCUAAUGUUACAAGUCAAUCAAUUGGCUACUUGUUCUCUGAAAUCUGAGAGUAUAACAGGCCGACCCUAGCAGUUUAUCGGAUUGUCUCCGCGCUCACAGUUCGCCGGUGCUCGUUCACAUCUUCACGCACCGCGAUGAGCGGUUUUGAGAAUGCAAAUAAAUCUUUAUCAUAAGGACAUAUCCGAUUUACAAUGCAACUAAAUACCCUCACUACUUUCUUCUUGUCACUGAUUUUGAAAACUGCCAACUCCGUAACAGAUGUAAAAGUCGGUGUUCUGCUCAUGACCAGCGCAGCGGAGCCGUUCGAUCUACGGAGAGUAGGUGCCGCUUUGGAUAUCGCUUUCGAACUCUCAGAAUCAAAGUACGGAGUGCGCUUUAUUCCAAAAUAUCAUAAUUAUACCGGAUUCUGUCCGAAAGAAACCGUCAUCGGACACCUUUCGGAACUCCAUUAUGUGUACAACGUCAAAGCAGUUAUAGGACCGGCCUGCUCGGCUACCCUAGUGGCUGCAGGUAGGCUCGCACAGUACCUAAAACUUCCGAUUGUUAGUGGGGUCGGGGAUCUCAUCAUUCGGGACCCAUCGGACGCCGACAUGUAUACUACGUUUACAAGGAUGUCGUACAAUUUGGGGAAAUUAUCAAAUUCUAUGGUGGAAAUUUUGAAGGAGUACUCAUGGUCUCAUAUUGCCAUUCUAUACGAUCAGGAUUACGUCUUCUUUAAUUUGGCGGGAGGUCAGCUUGCCAUCGACUUGAAGGGCAUAGAGAGUUUGCCUCGGCCCCUGGACAUACCAUUCUCUGCCACCAAACUCAAAGACCCUGGCAUCUUGCUGCAGGAAGCUAGCCAGUACGCAAGAUUCUUUGUCAUCUUCUGCUCUGCGGAUCUCCUCAGGACUUUUCUGUAUCGCGCUGAUCAGCUUGGAAUGACGUCGGGCGGAUACGUGUUUUUGGCAAUGGAGCUGUUUCCAUCCGAUUGGCUUGGUUAUUACAAGCUUUUUUAUAGAGGCGACUACAAGGAUACAGCUGUGACUAAGGCCUACCAAUCCCUCCUGCUCCUUACAGUCCGCCAGCCUGAUAACACGGAGUAUCUCCAAUUCGCUGAAGAGGUCAAAGUUCGGAGCAAACGAGACUACGGCUAUGAAUUCAAAAACGACGAGGUUGUCAACUACUUCAUUACUGCUUUUUAUGACGGUGCAAUAUACUUGGCUGAGAGCUACAAUCGAACUAUACAAGAUGGCGGGUCCAUUGACGACGGAAUCGCUGUGGCUCAGAGAAUGUGGAAUACGACUUAUGAAGGAAUAACAGGGCCAGUGGCAAUAGAUGCAUUAGGGGACAGGAUUGCCGACUUCGACAUAUUCCACAUGCAAGACCCUAACACCAGAAUCUUCGCGUUGAUUGGCAGAUUUCGGGGAGCCACACAGCUGUACUCCAGAGUGCCUGGCGUAGAAAUCAACUGGCCUUACGGUAAACCGCCGGAUGUGCCUCGAUGUGGAUUUCGCAACGAUAAAUGUAUCAUCCAAGAGCCUCCCGAUAUUCUGCUUCCGGUGACCCUAUCCUUUGUUAUCUUCCUAGUUAUAUCAUCCAUUGUGGGAUACAUAGUGUACAGAAAGAUUCGUUUUGAUGCUGAGCUAGAGAAAAAAGUAUUCCUUGUCUCCCAAGACGAGCUACAGAUCAAGAAAGGGGACGGAGCAUUGCAUGGCUCCUUCCUGUCCAAGUCUAGGCUCUCCAUUUUGACAGAACAUUCGUCAAAGGGAGACGAUGCGGAGUUCCAACAGCUGUUCACGCAGGUUGGAAUGUGUAGAGGAAACUUGGUAGCCAUCCGGAAGUUGAAGCUAAAAACAGUAGAACAAAACAAGGAGGUUUUACGAGAGUUUAGAGAAUUGUAUCACCUCCAGCAUCCGAACAUAGCUAGAUUUAUUGGAGUUGUAAUUGAAAAUGGCGACAAUAGAGUCCUGAUGGAGUAUUGUCCUAGAGGCAGCUUACAGGAUAUAAUAGAAAACGACGACAUCGAUUUGGACUGGUCUUUCCGGUACUCCAUUAUCUGGGAUAUUCUAAAGGGAUUGGAAUACAUACAUUCUAGCCCGAUACGUUACCAUGGACGCCUCAGCGGUACUAACUGUGUGAUUGACAGCAGGUUUAUGCUGAAACUGACAGAUUUCGGCCUACCCUCUAUCUAUAAUGUGGAGAUGCGCGAGCAACUUCAAGACAGGAAGUCAUUUAAUAUGAACAAGUUACUAUGGACUGCCCCGGAAUUGUUACGAAAGCUGUUCAACUCGAACCAAUCAAAGGACAUUAACUAUCAGAAAGCAGACAUUUACAGCUUUGGAAUCACUCUGCAGGAAAUUGUAGUCCGUGGUGCCCCCUAUGACGGAAGUAACCUUACGUCAGAAGAAAUAAUCGAGAAAGUGCGAGAGGCCCCAGGCACUAUGGGGCCAUUCAGACCGGAAGUUUCACAGAUAGAGUGCACUGCAGAGUUACGGGCCUUACUUCAACACUGCUGGUCGGAGACUCCCGAUGAACGACCGAACUUAGCCGAAGUAUUCUACUCUCUGAAGAAAAUGAACGUAAAUCAAAAAGGAAAUAUAAUGGAUAAUCUGAUGAGGAGAAUGGAGCAAUACGCCAAUAAUUUAGAGAGCAUUGUAACAGAGAGAACCAAAGCGUACAUCGACGAAAAACGGAAAGCUGAGGACCUUCUCUGUAGGCUGCUACCGCCGACGGUGGCCAAACAGCUGGAGUCGGGGAACAGCGUGGACCCAGAGACGUUCGAGAUGGUCACCAUCUACUUUAGUGAUAUCGUGGGCUUUACCACACUGGCCUCACGAAGCACACCUUUAGAGGUUGUAGCCCUGCUCAAUAGUUUGUACACGUGCUUUGACAACAUAAUCCACCAUUUUGACGUAUACAAGGUGGAAACUAUUGGGGACGCCUACAUGGUGGUUUCUGGACUUCCGGUCAGAAAUGGUCAGAGGCAUGCCAUGGAGAUAGCCAACAUGUCCCUGAGUAUCAUGAAGGCCGUCCAGGAAUUUAAGGUCAAGCACAAACCGGAUGAAAAAUUGAUGAUUCGAAUUGGUAUCAAUUCUGGCCCCGUGGUUGCGGGAGUAGUGGGCAUUGCAAUGCCCAGGUAUUGUCUGUUCGGGGACACCGUCAACACUGCCUCCAGGAUGGAGUCUACGUCACUGGCUGGAAAAAUCCAAAUUUCUGAAUCCUCGGAGAAGUUAUUACAGCAGUUUGGAAUGUACGAUGUCAGCUGUCGUGGAGAAAUCCCGAUAAAGGGUAAAGGCCUGAUGGUGACCUACUGGUUGGAGGGGGCACAGUUAGAGGUCAGCAAGAGUUGACAAUCACUGCUCGGAGGGAGAUCGUCUCUCUCCCCUGAAGUUCGCCGGAAACGAAUCUCAGUGGCAUGUGACCAGCGUCCAUCCUGGAGCCCAAAACCUACGAAUUUGAUGCCAAACACACCCAGUUACCAGUAGAUAUUAGUAAAUAUAACUAGUUUCUUUCCAUUUUAUUUUUGGACAGCCGGAAUUUGGGAAAGUUAUAUUUCUUAACUAUGAAAUUUUAUACUUAUUCAUGUUAUUACCAGGCUUAAUAGGACGGAAAAGGGUAUACCACUUUAAAAUGAGCGAUAAUGAACGCUUUUUGUUAAAGUGCUUAGCGGAAUGUCGUUUUUAUUGUUGUUUUCUUUAAAUUUAUAAUUUGUUAAAUAAUUAUUCAUAACUAUUUUUGAUACGCAUCGAUUACUAGACAAUGACGUUUAAGUUAUAUGAACGUUUUCUGAUUCAUAAAUGCAAACACCAUCACAUAAAGGUGUUUUGCGAAGAAAUACUGAAACUACUUUCCCCGACUCAGUUUAUACUGUGAGAGUUCCUCCAAUCGCAGCAUCCUUGAUAAGAAAAAAAACUCGUAUUAUCUUCCCGUUUCCCUGGUGGAGCGUGAAUGAAUUUGUCAGUUUUUAUCAGGAAGCCAACAUGGCCGCUGGGAAAAUUAGUCAAUAAAAGUAUUUAUUUCUUCUUUCUUCCGUCCGUCGGCGUAUAUACUGAUCAUGUUGCCUGUAUCGCUUCCUUGUUUCUCGUGAGAUUCAACUAACGUUUUGAACGUGGCAGAACUACCUAUUUCAUUAGCAUGUAUAUAUAUGUAUAUAUAUAUUCUUUUGUAUGUUCUGUGUUCUAUGGCUUUGGAGAGAGAGAGAGAGAGAGAGAGAGAGAGAGAGAGAGAGAGAGAGCAUUUAUUGCCAUAUCAUGGUUUUCACAAUCAAAUUCAGUUAACUUAUCUAAAUGGCUUAAUUUUUAUAUUAUAAUAUGCACUUAAUGUAAAAUUACUACCAGUUGGAAUUAAUCUUGAUAGCUGACCUCUUUUGAUUAUGUUUUAAAAUUGCUGACCUUAAAACGAAGAAAAUUUAUCUAAAGUAUGUCCUGCGUUGUGUCGCCGGCUCUGACAUUAAUACAGGUAUUCAGGUCAGUUUUUUAUAAGCAUAUUUCUUUAUCAAAAGAACAAGGGAAAAAUAAAAUUGGUAUUAACCGUGUGCCAGUUACGUGUGAUAUGAUUGAUGCAUUUAUGCAGAGUUAAAGAUCAAAAAAAUGUAUAUUACAUAAGUUUUCGAAGACAUUUUUAUUAUAUCGUAAUACAUGUAGUUAAUGUGUAUAUAUGUAAAGGGGAGGGGGUGCAAGUAUUUCAUUCUAAUUAAUAAUCAAAAUGAACCAUGUGUUGUUUAAUACAAAAAAGUUAUGAAUUUAUAUUAUAUAUAUAUUUAUUUACUGAUGUUGAAAUGAACUGUGAUGUAAAGAUUUACAUCUUGUUUUGACCAAUUUGUCUCUUUAGUUUUAUUUCACGUAUUUUACUCAUCUUUUCUAUUUGCAAUUGACAAUCAAUGAUUCUCACCGGUUUUAAGAACUGAAUGUUUAUAUUUUUCUGAUUGUUGUUCGCAUUUCGUGUGAAGAAAAAAUUCUAUUUUACUGUUUGUACCAUAUAAUAAAAACA